CGGCAUUGGCGGCUCUCGGGGCUGGCUUGUCAGUCAGUGAGCUGAGGGGGAAGAUGGCUUGCUGGGACCCGUUCUGUUAGGAAGAAGGGGGGCAGGUGGUGCUGCUACUCAGGAGAAAGCGGAGCAGCCGCUGUCGCUGUCGCUGCGAGCCAGACAAGUCGAGAUUCUGGAGGUGGAGCUCGGGGAGCCGUUCUGGUCGAAGGUCUAGAACAGAUGUGGAAAGAUGUUCACUUCAGAGAAAGGGGCUGUGGAGGAAUGGUUGUCAGAGUUUAAGACACUUCCAGAAACAUCUUUAUCAAAUUAUGCCACAAAUUUGAAAGACAAGAGUUCUUUAGUUUCAUCUCUGUAUAAAGUUAUCCAGGAGCCACAAAGUGAGUUGCUAGAACCUGUCUGUCACCAGCUCUUCGAAUUCUAUCGCAGUGGAGAAGAGCAGUUGCUUCGAUUUACACUGCAGUUUCUUCCAGAAUUGAUUUGGUGCUACCUUGCUGUCUCAGCCAGCAGAAACGUACAUAGCAGUGGAUGUAUUGAAGCUCUUCUUCUAGGGGUUUACAAUUUGGAAAUAGUUGACAAACAGGGACAUAGCAAAGUACUGAGUUUUACGAUUCCAUCUUUAUCCAAACCAUCUGUUUAUCAUGAACCUUCCAGCAUUGGGUCCAUGGCUCUGACUGAGAGUGCAUUAUCCCAGCAUGGUUUGUCAAAAGUUGUGUACAGUGGACCUCACCCCCAAAGGGAGAUGCUGACAGCACAGAAUAGGUUUGAAGUGUUAACAUUCCUUUUGUUGUGUUACAACGCUGCCUUAACCUACAUGCCCAGUGUUUCUCUUCAAUCAUUGUGUCAAAUUUGUUCAAGAAUCUGUGUUUGUGGCUAUCCCCGACAACAUGUAAGAAAAUACAAAGGUAUAAGUAGCAGGAUACCAGUUUCUUCAGGAUUCAUGGUGCAGAUGUUAACAGGGAUUUAUUUUGCCUUUUAUAAUGGAGAAUGGGAUCUAGCUCAAAAAGCACUGGAUGAUAUUAUAUACAGAGCUCAGCUAGAAUUAUAUCCAGAACCAUUGUUGGUUGCUAAUGCCAUAAAAGCUUCACUGCCUCAUGGUGCCAUGAAAUCUAAUAAGGAAGGUGCAAGAUGUAUUCAAGUUGAAAUCACACCAACUUCCUCUAGAAUAUCAAGAAAUGCAGUAACCAGCAUGUCAAUAAGAGGUCAUAGGUGGAAAAGACAUGGAAAUGCAGAAUUAACAGGUCAAGAAGAACUGAUGGAGAUAUCUGAAGUUGACGAGGGAUUUUAUUCCAGGGCUGCGUCUAGUACCAGCCAGUCGGGUUUAUCAAACAGUAGUAACAAUUCUAGUAACAAGACAAGUGUAGGAAAGACUCAGAGACGGUCAGCAGGAAGCAAAACUGGAGGAAAAGAAAAAGAAACUCCAGGAGAGUCUUGCAAAGAUCACUUUGCCCGAAAACAAACUCAAAGAGCCCAGAGUGAGAAUCUUGAGCUUCUCUCUCUGAAGAGACUGACAUUAACUACCAGCCAAUCUCUGCCUAAACCUUGUAGCCAUGGUUUGGCUAAGACUGCCGCAACUGUGUUCAGUAAAUCCUUUGAACAAGUCAGUGGUGUCACAGUCCCACAUAACCCAUCAUCUGCUGUUGGCUGUGGGCCUGGGACAGAUGCCAAUAGGUUUUCUGCGUGUAGUCUCCAAGAAGAAAAGCUUAUUUAUGUUUCUGAAAGGACUGAACUUCCAAUGAAGCAUCAAUCAGGUCAGCAGAGACCUCCUAGUAUUAGCAUUACUCUGUCCACAGAUUAAUUAGUAAUCGUUUUCUCACAUAACCAACAAAUCUAGAGGGACAACUUUGCUUCUUUAUGAAAGUGCCCAGGGUCUGUCAUCCCUUUUCCAGACAGGAGCCCUGACGGCUUAAAUUCUGAAGACUACCUUGACUUUAUGAAGGGAAUGAUAUGUAGGUUGCAACAAGUUGAAAUAUGGUUUUGUUAUUUCUUGGGUGUAUUUUCCCCCUUGAUUUGAGUCUUUUUUUCUUUCUUAUUUGUUUCUGUUGCUCUAAGAUUGUCAGUUUAAUACAUUUUGGCAGAUUGUCUGAUCAGAUUGAUUACAUUUCAUGAGAGGUUGUGAGUUCUUUUUUUAAAAUAAUUCCUACUUUGGCAGUUGUAUGUUUGACCUUCAGAGUCAAAGGGAAUCUCCAUGUAUGGGAACUGUUUCUGAAAGGAGGCAGAGGUGCAGCUCCUGGAAGUCUCCAGCUGACAUGCAGCAUGGCAGUCUGAAAAAAAGGCACGUGAGAAAACAAAAAUGAUGUGUAUGAAAAGUGCCUGAUAAAAAUAUUUGUAAUCAGAUUGUCCUUGAGAUUACAAGAAUCCUUGAUUUAAAGCACUGGAAAAAUGCCUAGUAACUCGGUACCUAGACUAUAAUUCCAGGGCCUGGGUAGAGGGAUUUCUGUUGUUAUCUUUGGAACAUUUUUAUAUCAAAAAUCAGAUUGCUAGUAGAUGUGUUGUCUUGAAGUAUUUGAUCUGGAUUUAGCAGGUGAAAACCCCCUUCAAUUCCUAAAAUGUAAUAGGCUAUGAAGCUCACUUAUCCUGCUGCUUGACUUUGGAAACCUAGAUAGUUUGGUUUCCUAUAAUUCAAAGAACACAUCAUUGAAGACUUCUGGAAAUCAAUGUAAAUUGUGCAACGCAGCUCUCAAGAUACCAGUGUCAACCAUAUAAUACUGAAUUAUUUGUCAGCAAAUGAAGGAUAUUAGGUAAUUUUUUUUGUCUAUAAAAUAUUGUGAAAGAAAAUAUAUGGUUAUUUAUGUUUGUGUUCUUAAAUUUAAAACUAUAAAAUGUGAAAAAUUUAAAACUUUUUUUCUGAACAGGCCUAUUUUAAAUAUUCUUUUUAUGAUAGAAUAAUCAAUGUAAUAGGCUCCAACUGAAAAAUAAAAAUGAAAAGGCAGUAUGGCAGAAGCUAAACAAACUUGUAUGUAGCUAUGGAGAAAUAUGUGACCUCCAGGUAGAUGUAAAAUUUGGUGUUUGCUAAUGGUAGUUGUUUUGGCUAUGGUUGAGGUUCCCUGUAAAUCAAGUAUCCUUAACUAAUAAUUCAGAGGGAGAGAGAGAAAGCAAGGCUGAGGAUGAGAGGAAGGAAGGAAGGAAGGAAGGCAGGCAGGCCUGGGGAGCAGUUCCCUCUUUGCGUCUUUUACUGUUAGUACAUACAUAGCGGUUUCCUUAUUUGCAGUCCCUUGCUCUGGUCACACAGAACAUACUGGUUUUCCUUUUGUACCUACUUAUGCAGAGCUCAAAUGUGAGAAAUUAAUAUGUCCUGAGGAAUGUUAAAGCGUACACUAUGAAUGCAGUUUUGACUGUUAACUGCUUUGGCUACCAUUUUAAAUUUAAUUCUUCAAAAAGCAUGAACUAGUUUUCAUUCAUUAAUUCUGAAUAGAAUAUGGUUUUUAAUAUAAGUGAACUUGAGGUUUUUAGUUCCAGUAACAGAAAUGGAAUUAGAUCUAUUGUAGUAGGAAAAAAAAAGACAACCAACCAGACAGUAAAAGUUGAUAUUGUAUUAAUUUAACAGGAAUCCUGUGUACAAUUUAAAAUAGUUUAAAAUGUCACUGUGAAUUUCCUAUUGGAUCUUUUUAUAGUUCUUUAACAAAGAAUUUCCCCUAGGCAUGUAGCUACUAAUAGUAUUAAUAGUCUUAACUAGUUUAGAAGAUUAGCAUUUUAAGCAAGUUAAGGUGCUUAGGAAACUUGUAGAAAAAGUUUGAGGAAACAGCUGGCACAAAUGAGAGAUCAGAUUUUAAUCAUCAGCUGCUAUAAUGGAUCUUCAUUUUGGUAUUAUUCUAGAUUAUUGCUACUCCUGUAGUCUGAGGACCAGUACAUAGCAUUGGCAUCACUAGGCAUCUUGUUAAAAAUGUAGAAUUUUGGAGCCACCUUUGAUCUGCUGAAUCAAACCUGCAUUUGAACAAGAUCCUCAAGUGAUUUUUAUGCACAUUAAAGUCUUACUUUUAUUUACCAAUACUAAUUUACCAAAUUACUUACCUAGUAUUUAGAGUUCUUAGUGGUCUCACAACUCUAGAUCAAAUAUGUUAGAUACUACAUAUUAUAAUCUUCAUUGUUUUUAACAGCUGAUGAAUUUUUUAUAGUGUCCAUAACACUUAUUAAUCCUCUAAUUCUAAAUUUCUAAUGAUUUUCAUUUAUUUUUACAAUAAAAAUAUAACAUUUUAUAUUUUUCUUUUUAACUGUAAUUGGAAUCAGCGUUAUAGAUGCCACAAUUUUACGUAUGAAAUGGGUACCAUCCUUUUAUACAAUGCAGAACAAAUCUGCAUGCAUAUAUUAUUUUAAAAACUCUGAAGGCUUACUCAGUGGAGUGGAUCUGAAUUUAUGCUUCAAAUUAUUUGCACCAGUUGAUUUUCCAGGGUGUGAAGUUAUGUUAAUAGUAAAAUUAUUUAUAAUACUUUUGAUACUGUUUCAAAUAAGGAUUAUACAUUUGAAAAUUUUUAUAAAAAUUAUAAAUAUUAGAUAAUGUUAACUUUGGUAACAAUUUCAGUGAUCCCUAUUGCUCUCUUCCUACUCAUCUUUUCAGAUUGAGUUGGAGUCACAUUUGUAGGUUUUGUCAUUAAGAUCCUGAUAUAACCAUUUGGUCACAGGUCUCCUGCAUAUCCAGAAUAAUACCCUUUACCACAAGAAGGAUUCUGCCCAAAUGGGUCCUUGUACCCAAUACUUCAAAGGAUCUGAACAGAAAUUGUAGUUCCAUUCCAAAUUUUAAGCCCUUAGAGGUUCUUGAACCUCUUCCAACCUCUCCCUCUUCAAAACCCAACUUACCUGAGAUAUUCUGAUGAAGCUGGGUCCUAGCAUUUGCCUUUGGAAUGAAGUGGGGGAGAGAAAAAAAGUAGACUUUCCAAGAGGACCCAGGACAAGUGAGCACCAUGGAAUCCCUUGUACACCACCGUGGAACUUUUUAAGGCAGCUCUGUAGUCUUGAAGGUUAGAAAUCCUGAGUCCUUAAAUGAUGACACAGUUUGUUUUGAAUAAGCAAUGUUUCAUUGCCCUUUUCAAUUAUGAAGCAAUUGCUUAGCAAACGUUACUCACAUAAAAACAAAAAGUUGAAUUAAAGGGAAAUAUAUUUUUUUAAACCAAAAUAGAU